UUCAUGAAAAAAUAAUGGCAUGGCAAUGGAAUAAAAUAAAGUGCAUUCACAUUACGUGGAAUGAAAAGAUAAAACUAUGAAAAAGUGUCAAGCAAUUUUACUAAAUUAAUUGACAUUAGUCGUUAUUUUUUCAAGAUUUUUUAUUUGAUUUUCAUCAAAUACUCGGAAGAGUGCAUGUGAUGGUCUUUCAUAAAGACAUUAUAACCAUUCUGUUAACAACAGUGUGUAACAUCGAUGGAGGAUGUCAUGUUAAUAACUGGCCGUAUUCAUGUGAGGCCAACUUUAGAAAAGGGCCAGAAAAAUGCGAACCCUGUGAGCCUGGUAGAUAUGGAUGUAAUUGUUCUCAAAUCUGUCCAACUGGUACCUUUGGAUUGAACUGCUACUUUACGUGUAACUGUUCUGAUGAUGAAGCAUGUGAUCCAAAAAUAGGAUGUUCCUUCAGCAACGAAACUUCACUAUUUACAACAGCCAGGCCUUACAACACAGUAAGCUCAGACAAGAAAUUGAACAUACUGAACGAAGUAACAAUAUCUCUGUUGGUUUCCUCAGCAGCAGUAGUUUUCUUCAGCGUUUUAUGUGCUUUUAUUCUAAUAAGAUUGAGUAAAAGGAUUUACAAACGUGAAUAAAAUAAGUAGACUCUAUGUAUAUAAGUAACAUUAAAUCCCUCCUAGCUCGUAUACUGUGUUAUUUGAUUCUAAACUAAGUAUUACAUGAACCUUCUUCAUUGUAAGAUCCUUAAUAUGAAUUCUAUUUGCUGACUUU